AUGGACGGCAACGCCAUCCGCUCCAUUUGCGACGAAGACGUCGUCACGGAUGCCAUGCUGGAGGAGUUCCUGCAUCCGUCGUCAUCGUUAGCCUUGACAGACACCGUGGGCGAUAUGCUGACUGCCUCUACCCUUGGCAGCGCGGUGCGAGGACCGGUUCCCUGCAUACUUGCAGCGGCCGGCACGUCCGCGUUGGGGGCUGGCUCCUCGUCAACCUUCAAAGACUUGCACAGUAGCGAGGUUAACCAAAUCGGCGUGGAGGGCACCGAGGGAAGUGUUGUGCAUUGUGCAAGUCAUCUCGUCGGCACCAGCCUUGUACUGCCGGUGGAACUGUCGCACUCGCAUAUCACGAGCGACGACAGCGGCGACUUUGCUUUUUUCACGAGCGAUGUGCGCGAUGCCGACGCGUACGACCUCAUUCGUCACUAUGUGCUGUAUUGCAAGCAGCAGGAGAAGGAGCUGGAGGAUCUGGAGGCGGAAUGCGCACGGCUGGAGGCGGAGCAACAGCACCUCUACAGCGCCGCUAUUGCGGCUGACAUGACUCGAUCGAUGCACCUGUCGGCUGCCGAUUCUCUGUCUCCGACGAACUCGAACGAAGUUUCGGCAACAGGAACCGGCGGCGUCUCCUCGUCAGCCGCUGUCGACGAGUUCGGCGAGGCUCACAUCGACCCGCUGAAGUUGUGCCCUUACAUGGAUCCACAUGAUGCCGCUCACAACCCGCAGCCGUAUCGCUACGGACAGCCCGCCAUCCAUGGACUCUACACCCCGGCCUUCAAGAAUGGCAUUCUCUACCGCUGCGUUUCGGCCGACAGGUCGUGGAUAUUUUACAACGACUCGGAGCAGUACACGAUGCACAUAAAGUAUAUCUUCGGCGCCUCAUCCGUCAUUACGGCCGGUCCGCACGCCUCGGUGAAGCAGCGGGCGUCGGGCGAGUAUGAGGUGCAAGUGACAGUCUGGCCACAGGAGACGGAGGUGCUGCUUGUAGGCCAAGUGAACGGCUUCAAGAAUCUCUCUUCCGCCGUGCCAGUCAAUUCCAGCUAUACGAAUCCACACGCCAGUGCCUCCACCGCAUCUGCGCGCGCUCUGCUGGACCGCUUCGCCCAACAGUCAGGAAAGCCGAAUGUCUCGCUGCUCUCCACGGAGGACGUGCUGGAGUGUUGUGCGGGCCAAGCCAGCGAGUUGGCCGCCGCCGUCGGGUCUUGGAAUGGGCAACAUUUUGUCGACCCCGACUUUCCGCCUUGUGGCACAUCGCUUUACCGCAAAGGUGUCGAUGACGUCUUCCUCUGGGAUAUGUCCUGGCGGCGCCCCUGCGAGUACCUGCCCGCCUCACAGCGCUCGGAAGCGUGCCUCUUCGCUCGCUCGGUGCUUCCGACAGACCCUUGUGCGGGGGAAGGCGGUGACGUGUACCUGUGCAGUGCUGCCUGCUGUCUCGCUGAGCACCCCAAGCAGGUCGCUCGAAUUUUUCGGCACCCCGUCUCUGCGGAUGCCGGCAGCCGCGAGCGCGCUGUCGGGGCAUACCGCGUCACACUGAGCCACGGCGGCUGGUGGACGUCGACCGUCCUCGAUAGUUACUUGCCAGCGUCGCUCAAGGGCCCGAACCUGGGCCGCUGCUCUCACGACUUGCGCAAGCUCUGGUAUCCGCUGCUCGAAAAGGCGUACGCGAAGCUGCACGGUUCCUACGCCGCCAUCCAAUGCGGUAGCCCGCUCGAGGCGCUGCAGGAUCUCACCGGAUUUCCGACGUUUCACUUCUAUGAUCGAUGGGCGGAGGCGUCGUGGAGCGGUGCCGGCGCCCGCGCGAGCGAACACACCUCCUACAGCCCACUGUCCGAGCACCUGUUCACCUCUCUCGAGGAGAAGGUGCAUCAACGCGGCUAUCUCGUGUGCCUGUGCCUGCCGGACGACGGGCCGACCGAGGCCCAGGCAGCGCAGAUGGGCAUGGUGUUCGGCAUGUCAUACGCGGUGCUGCGACUCGUUCGGCACGGCAGCGUUCGGCUUCUUCAAAUUCGGUGCCCCACCUUGAAGCUCUGUAGCCGCGGGCUGUGGUGUGCCGGGAGCGCGCGGUGGCAGCAGGAGCCGCAGCUAGCCCGCUUGUGCGGGAUGGAUGGUGAUGGCGGGCCGGAGCUCGCGACUUUGUGGUUGGACUGGUCUGAGGCUCUAGCUAUGUUUGAGGGUGGCGGCGUGUGCUGUAGUCGUUGGGACUGGGCAUAUGACUGCCGUGCGCGAGGGUUCUUCAAAGACGGGAUACCCUCUUUCGUCUUGGAGGUGAGCGUCGACGCCUCUGUGGAGAGCGCAAGUCCCGUGGAAGCGUACUGCAUCUUGUCCCAGGAGGACGAUCGCGGUAUGUCUCCAGAUCACCCGAACCGAGAGCUGCGCCCACUGAUGCUCUCUGUCAGCAGCCAUUGCGGUGACGAUGAGGCGGGCGAGGGUGUCGGCGGGGAGUCCUUGGUUGAUCAGCGCAUUCGGCAUGUGUGCUCCACGGACCCAGACACCCCCACAGAGCAGCUGAACUACGUCCUAGGUCGCGAUACGGCGCUCCGUGUCACCUUUCAGCCCUCAACGCAUCCGUACUAUGUUAUUCCUCGCUCGCGGGGGGAGAUGCCCGACAAGCUCUUCACACUGGGUUUUGUCUCCGCCACAGCGCCCACAAAAACGGGGAAGCUGAGGAUGCGGGCGGUGCAGCUCCCGUCUAACUCUGCGGUGUUUCACAACCGACACAGCUUCUCGACGCGGCAACUCGAGAGCGUGGCGGCGGUGCCGUUUCAGAUUCGCGGGCCGGACGGGGUUGCACGCGUAGGGUGCGGCAGCAGCAUUGCCUGA